AUGGGAGAAUUUAAUUUAAUUGAUAUAAUCAAUAAUGAUAAUUAUGGAAAUAAUAAUAAUUUAAUUGAUAAUAUUACAAUGAGGGAUGUAGAUAAUUCAACUAUUGCAAUACUUGAAGUUGGUAUUGGAUAUUCUGAAUCAUUGAUGAAAGAAAUUAGAGAUUCUUUUAAUUUUUCUGAAGGAGAUGAAGAAGAAAUAGGGGAAGAUUAUGAAGGUGUUGUUAAUGUUUAA